AUGUUGACUGAUGGCAUCGUUUUCAGCUCCCACUUCACACCUGCUUAUCAAGUCGUCCACCAAGGCUCUAAGGUAUUUCAGCGCCUCCCCCCACCAGCCGACCCAUCAUCAUCAUCUGCCUCUGCCCCCUCUGUUGACCUGGCGAACAAUACCAGCGACUCAGCAAUGGUGGACCGGCCACCAGUUACAAGGUCAAAGGAUGAAUUCUUUGGGGGUGUUACAAGGAGAGGAAAAAGCAGGGACGCACCUGCAGUGCAUCACACUCACACCUCCGGCGAUCUUCUCGGGGUCGUUUCCAAUUUCGUCGCCAAACCUGAAGGCGGGAGGUGUGACGUUUGCGAGAUAUGCAAUUUUACUAAAUUCGCCGGGAUCGCAGGACAUAGAUGUGCGCAAUGCAAUCGAAAAACUUGUGCCCGCUGUGGCGGGUGGUUUGGUUCACAGUCGUCAUGGGUUUGUAAAACCUGCUUCGGUAACUUAUCAUCCCCUUCCUCUGCAACCUGCGAUUCUGAACAUCGACACGGAGCCAAGCGCCUUACAGGUCCACUCUCCUCGGCGAUUCCCUCACACGGAAGGGAGUCCUCCUCCUCUCCCCUAUCACCUGAGUCCAGCCCGCAUCCCCGGCUGAAUGUGCCCACAUCGAGCGCCACCAUCACAGCUUCCCCCACUGAAGGCGCUCAGAGUGGCUAUGCAGGCGCAGCCAGCAGAGCAAGGUUGCGAAAUACCAUGAGAGAUCAUCGAUCUGCAAGUGAAGAGGAGCACACUUGGAUCCACUUUCAGCCUACACUCAGCUCUCAUACCCAUUACCCCCACCCCCACCACCCAACUCACAACUACUACCACCACCACCCUCAACAGCAGCCUUCCACUUCGACAGUUCUGCCCCAAUAUCAGCAGCAACACUUCACCCAUUACCCCUCCUCUUCAACUGCCGUUACUCACCACUGCACCCCUCCACAAUUGCGGCACGCCGCCGGUCCCGCUAGUGGUCGAGCGCUCGGUGACAGCUGGUCACAUCCUGGUGUCCCGCCACCGCUGAGAUUUAAAAGCCACACGCUGAGAACUGCCGAAUAUGGAAGGAGCAGUACACUCUCAUGCGGAUCUGCCGAGGGCUCACCACAUGGAGAUUUCAACAGAGGAUACUUGCAGCGGACGGGGGGUGGUGGACAACCAGAUCCGGGGUCCGUUUCGGAACCCUGCCAGCCAGAAACUUUCCUACGAGGUCAAUAUCGCAAGUCCUUCAUCAAUGAAAGCCGACGAUAUCAACAAAGCGUUGACGCUGAUCGGCCGACCUCGAAACGGUCGGCAUUCUGGUCAUCAUCACCUGAUGGAACGAGCCUAACUGGUCAGGUUUACCUUCGAAAAUUAAGAGGAUCCAGCGGAACAGGCCUUCUCAGCAGCUUCGGCCUGAAGCUGGUGAUCGGUAAACGGGUACCAUCGGAUAUGGUAGGAACCUUCGUCAGUUCAGUAAAAGAGGGUUCUGUGGCGGAUGUGAUGGGUGAACUUCAAAUCGGGGACGAGAUACUUGAAUGGAAUGGGCACAGUCUCCGUGGUCUUCACCAAAAGGAGCGAGCUCAGAGGAACGCACUUACGCUUGGUAUGGACUACCACACUGCUGUAAACGACUUCAAUGAAGAGUCCGAUGGCGCAACUUCAUCUUCCCUCUCAAGACACGGUGAGGAAACAAACUUUCCAGAAGACGAAGAUGACGACUACCGUGACACUCCUGUCCAAGAAGAUGCUGAUCCGCACCUGCAGCUUACACUUCUAUUCGAUGAGAAACGGACUCUGAUUGUCUCCAUUUUGGCUGCUCGUGACCUCCCACCGCAGUUCAAUACGAAAAGUUGGCUCUGCAACUCCUUCUGUCAGAUUAGCAUCCUACCCGAAACCGACGAAAUUAAAACACGAUGUACGAAGGUGGUUUACAACACCAAUGACCCUGUCUGGAACCACAACUUCGCCUACCAGGACUUUGAGGUUGAAUCCAGGGAGCUGGAAGUUGCGGUGUUCGAUUACCACCAAAACAAACCUGCUCUAAUUGGAGAGGUGCUGAUUAAUUUGCAGGUUGCUGACCUGUCUGGACGUGCCUAUUGGUACCCCAUUCCUCCACCAUGGGAAGCUGCUGACCUCGACCCUUCAAACCAGGCUACAGAUGACUGGUCAGACGACGCCUCUGACAAGGAUGCGGUCCAGACAUCGCAUCAGCCGGCAGCAGGCGGUAAACAGCGAACAUUAAGAGCCAUCAGCCCCCGUUCCGUUCCGAGCCAGCUCUCCUCUGUGAGGCAUCACUUACGUCAACAUCAACGAACCGGAAACCAAAGAAACUUCCAACAAGAAUCACGGAUCCAAACCCGACAUGAAACAGGUUUUAGGCAACCUAGUGAUAGAUGGGCGCGGUUCACCUUGUCUGAGGACGAACAAAGUUUUCUUUCGGACAAUUCGGAAGCCUCGGGUUUCUCGAGUUUUUCGAAACUCAGUCUUCAAUCAAGCCAAUUUCAUCACCGUCAGCGCCUCAUCGCAGCCAACUUAGGGUCUGCUCGACAAUCACAUCAAAGCACACGAAACCGUUCCGCUUGUCAUUCACCUACUCAGGAACUCAUAGUAGAAACCGGUGAAGAGGAAGAUGAAGACGAAAGAAACAUCGUUGACGAGAGAAAGCAAAAGCAGGAAAAGGAGACAAAACCCGUCGUCGACCAGCCAAAAGCUAACUUCACAGAGGACAAAUCCACUCCCUCAUCGAUGGCCACAAUGACUGCCGCUAAUGAAGUGAAAACCGGCGUAGCUACAUCGGCUGCGUCAGCGAACUCAGCUCACAAAAAGUCAAAGGCUUCCUUUCAGCGCAGUGAAGAAGUGCUACCAGCGCACAUUCAGACAAACGAAAAGGCCACAGUCUCCGGCGGCUAUAAGGCUCCCGGGGCAGUGGCUGAGGGAGCUGGAUUUGGGGGCAUCGCAGCGAGCAGUGUUCAGCCUGGUGGCGGGGCAACCGGCUACCAAGGCAGCCACCACAUAGCCAUUCAACACCACACAAGUACGUCUCUCCUCUGUUCCACUGCCGGCAGGAAAGACCAACUGGCUCUAGAAAUGGGCGAAGUGCACGUCGGUGAGUUUGUGGAGGGAUUGGGACCAGGUCAGUUGGUAGGCCGACAAGUCCUGGGAAUGCCGUGUCUAGGUGAGAUCCAACUUUCCUUCUUUGAUCGAAAGGGUCACCUCGAGGUGGAGGUAAUUCGUGCCCGCGGCCUACAGCAGAAGAACACCUCCAAGCCACUGCCCACGCCGUAUGUCAAGCUCCAUCUCCUCGAAGGCAAACAGUCUGUCGAGAAGAUGCGAACAACUGCGCCUGCUCGCCUUACCUCACCCAUCAACGUCAGCGUUUGGGGCGAAUACGGCAGAAUGGAUAAGAAGGUAUUUUUGGGGAUGUGUGAGAUCGUCCUAGAUGACCUGGAUCUCCGCUCCAUAGUGUUUGGCUGGUACAAAUUGUUUGGCAUGAUCGCAGCCACCGCCCAGCACCACAAGCAGGUGAGGCGACACAGCGGCGCCAGCAGCAACGCCAUCAGUGCUGGAGCCCAACGGACUUCCAGUAGGCGUCACGCCUCCAAGACUCGUCAGUCUAGGGUUAAGAGCUAA